AUGCGUCUUCAUCCUCACUCUUCUCUUCUCUUACUUUUUUUUCUCACUACCUAUAACUCUUUUGUUCUGAGCGCCAUGUCUCUCAUCAACUGGAACAGCUGGACUCCUUCAUCCAUGGACCGUAUCGAGCGUCGUAUGAACCAACUUGCCAAUCACUUGUAUCAAGACUUUCAAGGUGGCGGAGGCAGCAGCUUCUGGUCAAGACCGUUCACCUCUUCCGAAGGAGGCUCGAACCUGGGCCUUCCUGUUAACAUUUAUGAAAUGGAAAAGAGCUGGGCCAUCCAUGCCGAGAUCCCCGGCGUCAAGAAAGAGGAUAUCAAGCUUGAUGUCAACAAUGAUGCGAUCAUCAUCUCCGGCGAGACCAAGAUGGACAAGGAUUACACCAAGGAUAACAUCCGUUAUCAAGAGCGCCGUGAAGGCAAAUUCUCGCGUACCUUGUCGUUGCCUGAUAAUGUUGACCGUGACAAGAUCUCUGCCAAGUUUGAAAAUGGUGUCUUGCACGUUGACAUGCCCAAAACGUUGGAAGCUAAACCUGCUCGCAAGAUUGCCGUCCAGUAAAAUCUUAUUGUGACCCACAAACACAAACAACAGUUCAUGCAAAACUGCACGUUUUCUCUCGCCCACAUUGCUGUAGCCCUCUCCCUACCCACAAAAAAUUAGCUGUAAUCCCCAUUCACCACCACUAGCUCUUUAAAAAUAGUAUUUCUCAUUCUCAUCUCGAAACUUGCUGUAGUAGUGAUAAUAAAAUCCUAUUUUAAAAAACAAA